ACAGCCGUCUUUCGGUAGACGCACGCCUGGGAGUUAUUGUUGAUGAUCAUGGCUUCGAUCAGGUUGUGUUGUUCUCGUGGUGCCGGCUUUCGGACUUUUAAUAACAGAAUAUUCUUCUCAAAUGUUUCGAGGAGUUUAUCAACAAGUCGGUCAAAACUUGCCAAGUUUUAUAACACACCUGAUGAAGCCAUUAAAGAUAUUCCUGACAACUGCAAGCUAUUGGUAGGAGGAUUUGGUCUGUGUGGCAUUCCUGAGAAUUUGAUAAUCGCCUUGAAUACUAGUGGUGUUAAGGGAUUAACCUGUGUCAGCAACAAUGCAGGUGUAGACAAUUUUGGACUUGGACUUCUUCUUCAAACAAAGCAGAUUAAGAGAAUGAUUUCUUCAUAUGUUGGUGAAAAUGCAGAAUUUGCUCGGCAGUACAUGUCUGGAGAGCUUGAAGUGGAGCUCACUCCACAGGGAACUCUUGCUGAAAGGAUCAGAGCAGGUGGGGCCGGAAUCCCAGCAUUCUUCACUGCAACUGGAUAUGGCACCUUGGUUCAUAAGGGCGGGGCCCCGAUCAGAUAUGGACCAGAUGGUAGUAUUGCAAUUCCAAGCAAAGAGAGAGAGGCACGGGUUUUUAAUGGGCGAAACUAUAUCAUGGAGGAAGCAAUCACAGGCGAUUAUGCUCUUAUUAAAGCAUGGAAGGCUGACAAGCAUGGCAAUUUGACAUUCAGAAAAUCAGCAAGGAACUUCAAUGCUCCAAUGGGAAAAGCUGCAAAAGUUACCAUUGCUGAGGUAGAAGAAAUAAUUGAAAGUGGUGAAAUCCCACCAGAGGAUGUUCAUUUGUCUUGUGUAUAUGUAGACCGUGUCAUCAAGGGAAAAAAAUAUGAAAAAAGAAUUGAGCGACUCACUCUGACCAAAGAUGAUGUUGGAGAUUCCAAGCCCAAGUCUGCUGCGGCUGAGAUGAGAGAGAGAAUCAUCAAAAGAGCAGCUCUUGAAUUCAAGGACGGAAUGUUUGCUAAUCUUGGUAUUGGAAUGCCAAUGCUUGCCAGUAAUUUCAUCCCAGAGGGCGUAACAGUGCAGUUGCAGAGUGAAAAUGGCAUCAUGGGAUUGGGGCCCUUCCCUCGACCUGGUGACGAGGAUGGUGAUCUUAUAAAUGCAGGAAAAGAAACUGUAACUGUUUUACCAGGCGGAAGCUUCUUUUCCAGUGAUGAGUCCUUCGCGAUGAUAAGAGGUGGGCAUAUUGACAUAACGAUUCUGGGAGCUAUGCAAGUGUCACAGUUCGGAGACAUUGCUAAUUACAUGAUCCCGGGCAAAAUGGUAAAGGGAAUGGGUGGUGCCAUGGAUCUAGUGUCCAGUCCCUCGAGAGUUAUUGUUACCAUGGAACAUGUUGCUAAGGGAAACGAUCACAAAAUAUUAGAAGAAUGCACCCUCCCACUUACUGGGAAGAACUGCGUUAAUAUGAUCAUCACAGAAAAGUGUGUGUUUGAUGUGGACCCAGAGGAAGGUCUUACUCUGACAGAACUUUGGCCCGGGGUCUCCAUACAAGAAGUACAGACUUCAACCGGGUGUGGCUUCAAGGUUUCCCCUGAUCUAAAGGAAAUGGGACAAUAAAGGAAUAGAACUUCAUGGAAGUAAACAGAAAACAUGAAUAUCAUCCAAGAAAGAAAAUCGUAUUGGGUUGAUUAUCUGUUUGGGGAUUACUGUCAACUUUAGAGCCUGUGAAAGGCAAAUGGCUUUUUUCUCCCUCAAAACUCGAACUAUGAAAAGCCAUAGGGGCCUGUAGAAAAUGUACAGUGACGUGAGGUAGUCAGGAAAACUGGUGAGUUUGCGACAUAGGGGAGCUUAGAUGUUAUCACUGCGUAGUAACAUGCAUGAGUCGAACUGUGUAACAGAAUAAAUAGGCACUAAGGUCGUGGCAGUAUUGCUCUAGUCAUUUAUUUCUAGCUACCUCUUCCUUGCACUGUUUUAUAGAUUUUAUAUUAUUAUAGUUCACGUGUAUUUCUGCCUUGUUUCGGAAAUCAAGAAGACAGAUCUAUGACGUGUUGUCAGAAUUAUGCUAUAUCUAGUUAUCUAGUUUUUUUUUGCUGAAAGUUCGAAAGAAUAAAGUUCCUUUACUAUUUAUACCUGAAUCUCUGUGAGCGUGAAAUAUAUGUUUUCAAGCGA